UCUUCUUGAGGUGGAACUUUGGAAGGGAAAAGGCGUGCUCCCCCUGUUCAAGUCCCAGAAGAGCCAAAUGGCAGUGUAUAGCUUCGGCUCCUUGAGAGCGUAAGGAGGGGAGCGGUGGCCAUACUCCCAGUGCUGGAAAUAUCCAUCCCUCCUCUCCUCUUCCCCUCUUCGCCUCCUGCAGCCCGUUAUCCGCGUCCAUCGCCGAAGCCAAUAGAGCUCGAGAGGGGAUGGAGGGCUCGGGCUCGGCGCCUGAGCUCAGUCCGGAGGAAGAGCGGAUCCUCAUCCGAGACAUCACCAUCGCCGCCGAGGCCGUCACCAAGGAGGGCGACAUCUUCUAUCUCCUCUCCCAGAGAUGGUGGCAAUGCUGGCUUGAUUAUGUUAACCAAGAUAUGACUACCACCUCAACCAAUGGACCCUCUCAUCAUCAUGAAUCAGCUGGUUUAAGCACUCCCAAGAGACCUUUGGCUAUUGACAAUUCUGAUUUAAUUUGUGAUGCGGCAUCUGAAUUAUCAAAUGUAGAAAUUGAGCUUCAUGACACUUUAGUAGAAGGUCGUGACUAUAUAUUGCUCCCUCAACCGGUUUGGGAGAAGUUGCAUGGAUGGUACGGAGGGGGUCCAAUAUUACCAAGGAAAGCCAUCAAUACAGGUUUGUCUCAGACUGAGUUGGCUAUAGAAGUAUAUCCUCUACGCCUUCAAUUACAUUUGAUGCCAAAAGGGGAAAAGGCAGUUAUUAGGAUCAGCAAGAAGGACACAGUUGGUGAACUUCAUAAAAAGGCUUGUGAGGUUUUUGAUUUGGUCAUGGAUCAAGUUUCUAUCUGGGACUACUAUGGUCAGCAGAAACAUGCUUUGAUGGACAACAUGGAGAAGACCCUUGAUGAUGCAAAUAUACAAAUGGACCAGGAUAUUCUGGUUGAGGUUCUCAGAGUUGGAAGUGGUACUGCAGAUGGUGGAGGCCAGAGUUCUGUACAGGAAAAUGGGUACACUGAGAAGGACUCAAAUUCUAUGAUUGUAGAGCAUUCUAGAUCGAGUUUAUCAGUAGCUGAUGGGUUGUCAACGAACAACUAUGUUUCCAGAAGUUGUAGUUCAGAAUUCUCGCAAAGCCAGUACCUGGCUUCUCCUAGCAGUGACUUGGAUAAUUUGCAUGGAAGCAACAGCAUUACUACGAGGGGUGCUCCUUUGGGUCUGACUGGGCUGCUGAACCUUGGAAAUACCUGUUUCAUGAACAGUGCAAUACAAUGCCUUGUCCAUACACCAGAGUUUGCAAGAUAUUUUCGUGAAGAUUACCACCAAGAAAUAAAUUGGCAAAACCCAUUGGGCAUGGUUGGUGAGCUUGCUUUGGCUUUUGGAGAGUUACUAAGGAAGCUGUGGGCUCCUGGGCGUACACCAGUUUCUCCUCGACCAUUUAAAACAAAGCUUGCUCGUUUUGCACCUCAGUUCAGUGGGUAUAAUCAGCAUGAUUCACAGGAGCUUCUGGCAUUUCUGUUAGAUGGACUUCAUGAAGACCUGAACCGUGUUAAACAUAGACCUUAUAUAAAGUCUAAAGAUACAGAUGGACGACCAGAUGAAGAAGUUGCAGAUGAGUAUUGGGCAAACCACAUUGCUCGAAAUGAUUCUAUCAUUGUUGAUGUAUGCCAGGGUCAGUACAAAUCAACUCUGGUCUGUCCUGUCUGUGGAAAGGUUUCAGUGACUUUUGAUCCAUUCAUGUACCUUUCAUUGCCUUUACAAUCUGCCUCUGCUCGGACAAUGACUGUCACAGUUUUCACUAGUGAUGGGAGUGCACUACCCACGCCAUGCACUGUAAGUGUACCGAAGCAGGGGCGGUGCAAGGACCUGAUCCAAGCUUUAAGCAAUGCAUGUUCAUUGAAAAAUGGGGAGAAGCUUCUACUUGCACAGAUACGUGGUCACUUAAUUCAUCAGUUUCUGGAGGACCCAUCACUGCACCUGUCUGCCAUCAAAGAUGAUGAUCGCCUUGCAGCUUAUAAGGUCCCAAAGUUGGUGAAGAAUGCAACUUACCUUCAGUUUGUACAUCGUCGUGAAGAAGUGGAUCCUGGCAAUAGUAGAAGCUCAAUAAUCUGGAAACCCUAUGCCACACCUCUUAUUGUGCCAAUCUCACUUGACAAAGUUGUGACAAGUGCUGAUAUCCAACAGAUAGUUCAUACAAUGCUUAUGCCGAUGCUAAAAAUCGAGGAGUUACAGCCUUCUGGCCUAUCAAAUUCAAUCAUGGCUGCACCAUCCCAGGUCCAUGAAAGUAAAAGUGACAGUGAAACAUGCACAGAUUCUGCUGAGAGUGAUCAUAAAGACCAGGAACACAAUUUUAAAGCAGCAGCAACUUCCAAACCGCAUCUUCAGUUGGUUAAUGAAAAUAAUGAAUGCAUUGAUAUAUCAACAGGAGAAGAGAAAGCUAUCAGGGUGCCCUCAUCAUCAGCAACGGUCCUUGUGUUUAUUAAUUGGUCAAAGAGGGACUUGAAGAAGUAUGAUAUACACUAUCUGGAGAAUCUUCCAGAAGUGUUGAAGUAUGCUCCGGCACCUAAGAGGACUCGUGGUGAACCUCUCUCACUAUACGCUUGUCUGGAUGCUUUCUUGAGGGAAGAACCUCUGGUGCCUGAAGACAUGUGGUAUUGUCCAAAAUGCAAAGAGCAAAGGCAGGCUAGCAAAAAGUUGGACCUAUGGAGGCUACCUGAAGUGUUGGUGAUUCAUCUGAAAAGAUUCUCUUUCAGCCGUUCUACAAAACAUAAAUUGGAGACCUUUGUCAACUUCCCCAUUCAUGACUUGGAUUUGACAAAUUAUGUUGCUAACAAGAACAGCUCUCAGCGCCAGAUUUAUGAGCUGUAUGCUUUGAGCAACCACUAUGGUAGCAUGGCAAGUGGGCAUUAUACUGCACAUAUCAAGCUUCUGGAUGAAAACAGGUGGUACAAUUUUGAUGAUAGCCACAUAUCACCAAUUAACGAGGAUGAUGUGAAGUCAGCUGCAGCUUAUGUGCUUUUCUAUAGGAGAGCCAAAGGAGAAGGGGCCUCUGCAAGCAAUGGAGCUCAGUCAUGUGCCAACCAAAACUACAAUUCUACCCGCCGAUAGACUCAUUUAUCGUGGAUUGUCACCCUCUCAUGCUCCAGCACUGAAUAGGAGCAGAUAUUUGGAAGCAAAGCCAUGUACAUUUAAGACAAAUCAUAGGGAUCAGUAGCUUCUUCAAAAAUUGAGACAUGCUAUGUAACGUUGUCUCCACUUGGAUAGGGUGAGCAUUUUUGCAGGACCAUGCUCUGUACCAAAAUGUGUAUUACAUUCUCUCUGUUUUAGCCAUAUAAACAGCAUGUUAAAUAUAAAUUUAAAAAAUAUAAAAAAAUUACUGUGCCUAUUUGCUGAA